UUCGCCAUCCUAGCCAACCACCACCAGAACCACAGGUUACGACAUCAGCUGUGCCGCGCGUUGACAAAUUUUGCGUAUUUUUUUUUCUGUGAAGGGACUGUUCCGUUCAAAGCUUAAAAAUUCUGUUGUGUAGAGUGCCCAGUGGGUUUUUCACUGACUUCAUUAAUAAAAUGAAAACCGAAGAUAAGAAUAAUAUGCCAAAAGUUCGCAUCGCAGUCAUCGGAAAGUCAAAUGUGGGGAAGUCAGCUUUGACUGUUCGCUAUCUGACCCGACGUUUUAUUGGAGAAUACAGGAGUAAUACAGAUCUUCUAUAUCGUCAAACACUCAACGUCAACAACUCUGCCUUGGAAGUCGAAAUUGUCGACGUCUGCAGCUGCGACAUCAAGACGUUCCCAGAAGAGGCCAUCUACUGGGCCGACGCUUGCGUCGUGGUCUACGACAUCACUUGCAGAGGGUCCUUCACCCAAGCCACCGACAUGCUUCAGAGAGUAUUGCAAUUGAGGAACCAAAUGCCUACGGUGCUACUAGGAAAUAAGGCCGAUCUCGAGCACCUCAGACAGAUCGAGGAAGUGGAAGGUCGCACCGUAGCCAUCCAGAACAACUGUCAAUUCUACGAAGUGUCGGUGGCAGAAAACUCCCCCGCCAUCUACACUGCCUUCGACAUGAUCCUGAACGAAUGCCGGUCGGUGCAGUCGACGCAGAAGACCCGGAAAUUCUCCGUCUCGAAGAUGAUAGGAACGCUGAUCGGCAACGCGAACAGCAAAGUAAUACCGAACACGAAUCAGGGCGGUACGGUGGUCGUCUGCCACAAGUCCGACUUGUACAAAUCCAGAGUGCUUAGGAGGAGGCAGAACUUCACCGCGACCGCGUCCCUUUGACUAUCGGCCAAGGAGGAGCUGGACGCUCGCUGAAUUUGGAAGAAUUUAGACUGUCGGGAGACAGUGGGAAUUUUAUAAAUUUGGAAUUAUUGAGUUUCUCAGUUUUAUGAGAGAUGAUGAGGAUAUUAUUGUACAUAAGAUAAGAUUUUUGAGGACUUCACUAUCAUACGAGUCAUGUGAUAUAUGAAACACGCUGUACAUUUUCCCCAGGGGAAUGGUUUGUUAGAUAUUUCGAAUAAAUUUAGGAACAUCUAAGAAAAGGAAAUUUUACGAUUUUUUUCAAAACUUGCUCUAUUUACUUUGGAUCAGUUUAACUGUUUAUGUUAAGAUAAAAAAAUUACUCUUUCACAAAGUAAAAUUUUAAAUUAUUCAAGUAAAUAUUUCUAUACUCUAAUGGAAAACAUCCUAUCUUUAAUUUAAAAGAUCGGGAAGUGACGUCAUCAUAUUCCAAAACAUCCUUUCAAUAUGAUGCAAUAAAACAGUUGUUUUGACAAAAUGCAAUUAUUAUAUAAGUUAGAUAAUAAUUUUUAUACCCUUUUCGAUAUGUAUGUUAACAAUAUAUAUUUAAUGAUAAUGUUAAAAAAUAAACACAAAACUGUCUUUUCCAUUAAAGAAAGUUAAAUUGCGAACAUGCAAGGUUUUAUCUUGCAUGGCAAGUUUUGUGUUUAUCGUUUUAUUUUUUAAAUCCUAUUUGUAGGUAAUUGUAUAUUUAGUAGACCAAAUAUUUAAUAAUAUUGUGUGUGCUAAAACUGGCUGUGAUACAGAAUUGAUGUUUUUUGUAUGUAAAAUGCGAAAACAUAUUUAUGUUGCAUAAAGUUUAUAUAUUUAA